UAUUUAUUAACUUUUCAAGAAGUCAUAUCUGAAGAUUUGUGUAGUAAAUAUUAAUUCAGUUUCGCUCAAGUUAUUUUAUAAAGUAAAGAAAGUGUUUUGAUGGGAAUCGGCCUAUAAAAACCCCUUUUAUUAAUUUGUUCAUCAAUAUUAUCGGCAAUAGUAAAUGCCCAUCGAAUCAAUAUUCUGUUAUAAUUAAAGGAUUCUGCCUUGGUUUAGUCAGCUAAACAAGUAACAAAAAUUCUUAGAAUGUGUUUUUCAAUGAAAUCAUUUUGUAGUGUCAGUGAUAGGGUCACGUCGCCCUGAUUGAGUAUGUACCUGGAAACGUGAUAUUUACAUCGCUUCAAUUAUUACGAAAAAAUGGGAGAUUGGGGUUAAGCUGCGACCAAAAAAGUGCAAAAUCAUGUGUAUACGCCAUUUAUCAAAAUUGAGAAAACAUUUUGCAUCCAAUUACUGAAUUGAUGAACGAAUAAUUGGACAAGAAAAUGACUCAACUGAAAUGAAGAAGUAUGUGUCUGCCAUUUUGCGUAGGAUAUUUUCGGUACUCUUUUUAUCAUAAUUAUCUUUUAAAGGGACGAGCAUAUUUUAGCUGCUAACCUAGCAAUUUUAGGCACAUAUCAUGCCUGAGGAAUAAGGAUCUUUGCAUAAAUCGCUCAGUUUUCAAUUUGUUUUCCCACAGAGAGGAGUGAAGUAAAGCUUGCUGACUUGGUCUAAGUUUCGCCCUAAUUGGGUACAUUAAAACAGCAGUUUUAGUUUGGUACUUUUUUCGCAUUAAUUCUCAAAAAGAAAACUGUAAAUCUCAAUUUGCAAAUAUCUUUAAACAAAAAUACUUGAGAGCAAAUUUGAUACAUUUUGAAUACAAUUUUCGGCUAAAAUAUUGCCCUUUGUCAAAGCUGUAAAUUUUCCCCUUGUUUUGACUCUUGCAAAAUCGACAAUCUUGCAUGCGCAAAAUCAGCAGAUAAACAAAUUUACUGAAACAUUGGCAUGCAAGGAUGUUUUAAAGGCGUUUGCAAGUGUUUAAUCACCUAUUUUCUUUUUGAUUUUUUUAUACAUGUGUGCUAAUAUUUACAUAAGGCCCUCCAAGGAGACAACUAAAAAGUAUCAUAGCUUUUUCAAAACACUUUUUAAAACUAAUUAUCUGAUCUUUUGAAAUAUAUUUCCAAAGAGCCUGAAGGAUUUUGUCAGUGGUAAGUUUUAUGUCUAAGUCUACACCAAAUGGAAAUUGUUCAUUUUGAAAAUUUGCGUCUGUGCAACUGCAAGCACUCCCAUUUAGAAAAUUUUAGUGAUAAUAAUGUAAAAUUUGUAUUUUUAGUGACUUUGUGCAGCUAGUAAGGCUCAUGGAUGUAGCUAGCUGGGAGGGGGUGUGUCAUGCCCAAAUUCUACACGAGUUUGUCAGUAAAUUUUUAGAUGGUGCAAAAAUUCCAUGGUUUUUUGGUAAAAUUGUCUAUCGAAUUUGUUGAAAGUAUGGAAGCAGAGAGCCUUGUACAGUUAAAGGAUCAUGACAUAUCAGAGAGCCAACCUUUGCCAGCACCAUUAGAUAAUGACCUUAAAGCCAGCCUCAUGAAAAGACAAAGCCUGGCAGCAAUACAGCAUCCAUUAAGCUCUAGCUGUGCUAAGCAUAAUAAUGAUUUUCUGCCAGCUGAAAUUCUUGCAAACCUUACUAGUCAGUAUGAUGCUAUUGAAGACCUUGGGCCACAGGGCAAUGGUCGCCUAAAAAGAGGUAGAGGGUUUCCAAAAGUUUAUCCAAAAAGGCCGCCUGAUAAUCUCUGGAACCAUGCAAAAACAAGGGAAAAAUUCAAGCAUUUGACAGAUCAGCCACCUUGUACAUGUGGAGCUGGAAGGGACAUAUCAUUUCUUUAUGAUGCUCUGCCUGACAAAAAGAAUACAGCAAACACCAAACCAAAAGGAAGCCCAGACAAACAAAAAGUGAAGAACGAAGGUACUUUUUCUACUCCAGUAACAAACAAAGAUGAGCCAUCGAAACAGGAAUCGGACAGGGAAGCCACUCAAGUUGCAUCAAAGGAUGGAUCUCUUAUUCCGGAGACAUUAGUGCCAACCGAAUUCCAUAUUGUUAAGAAUCCUGGCGUAAUGGGCCUAGAAAUUCAUGAAGGGAAAUUUACAACUACAAUGGAUAAUCACGAGAAACAUCUUACACUGUUUCCUUCUAUGAAGCCCUCAGGAAGACAAGAGGCUGUUUUGCUCAAAAAAACAAUGAACGAGUUGCUUCAACGUGUUGGUGUGGAAGAAAUUAAGAAAGAUAAAGAUCAGCCUACACAGAUUCAUUCUCUGUUAGACCUGGUCAAACAAGAACAGAAUAUUUACAACUUGGUUUUUAAUGAGGUGAUUCGGCAAGUUAGUAUUGAAUGUGUUGAAAGAGGGGAGCUGCUCGCUGAUCUUCGAAAACGAUAUGCCAGUCUCCUGGACAAGGUGCCUCGUCAUGUCAAAAGCUUGCACGAAGAGGUCCUUGCACAAAGAGCACUGGAUCGGCGACUUACCGAAGAACUGACAAGAUUUAAAACUUCAAUAACGUUGCUGACACGAGAGCUUGACGUUGUACAGGAGCACGAUAGGGAAGUCACAAAGCAGGCGGUAGAAACACAAAAUGAGCUGAACGCUGCUUUAAAAGAAUCGGAGAAGAACGCAAGUCUAUUAGCAGAGUAUCACGAGCUUUAUGAACUGCAGAGAAAAAGGCUGGAGUUUCAAAUAUCCAAACUGAUAGGUGAACGUGAUUUGUGGGCUGGUGCUUCUUACACAUUAUCUCUCAAAGUUGCCCAAAAGCACAGCUUAAAGACGGCAAAGCGACUUCAUUUACAUGAAAAGGCCUGGUACAAGCUUUCAGGCCAUUUUGCAAUAUUACUAAGCGACAUUGACUCAGCUCACCUGCAGGAGUUGACUAAAUUCGUUCAGAGCUGGCAGGAGAUAGCGGAAAGUUUUGAUAGCAAGUUGAUCAAGUGUGAACAGGAGACAUACCGAAAACUGAAUUAUGUGAGUAAACAAGUGGCAUAUUGGGGAAGGCAGUUUGCUAGGGUUGUUACCCCAGACGAGGGGACAGUACAUCCUCCGGAGAAAGAUGUCGUCACCAAGCUGCACGAAGACAUGAAACGGUGGGAAGAAGUUUUCAAUUCGGAAGUAGAAAGGUUUUCAGGGGAUGUUUUAUUAUCAAGUGAAGAUGACCUGGUCAAAAUGAAUAGAUUCAUGGAUAGCUGGAGUGAAGUUGCUUUGAAAAUCUUCCAGAGACACCCGAUGGUAAAAAAUACUAGAAGACCAGAACAUGAAGCAAUGCUUGUGUUAAAUCAGCAGGUUGAAAAGUUGCACAAAAGUUUAAGAUUGAGAAUGACUGGUGAAAAUGGUCUCGCAAAAGGACUUAUUCAUUUGAUCAAUGUGCUCGAUGGCCUUGGUAACAAGCUGAAUGGAUUUUCACAUGGCUACGAAACUUUGCUCGACCCCGAAUGGGUGAGGCUUGCCGACUUUCUUCAGAGUGAGUGGCCUGACCUCCUAACGGAGUUGGUUGAGUUGGUUCAUCCUAGAAAAGAAACACCUGAUGACAAGUCACACGAUCAGCUUCUUGGUCAUGAUGACGUUGAUCUGCAAAUCCUCAGUAAAUCUGCAUACAAGUGGUUAAAAGACACUUCAAAAUCUGUCGAAAAUGCCGAUGCCAGUAUUCUAGACCAUGUUUCAAACUGUCAUUCAAAAAUGGUGCGUUGGAUUGUCACCGUGCUGCUCCGUUUGGCUCCUGAUCUUGAAGAAGACCUUUUUUCAGACGAAGAUGUAAACAUUGGAAUCGGUGCUGCUAUCAUAUCAGAGUCGACAACUGAGGAAAUUCAAGAGAGAGGUCAAUUGCUGUUUAGGUUACUGAGACAACUUUCAGGGAACCUGUACACCUGCUGCAACGGAAUUGUAAAUAAUGAUUUUCAGAGACGGCAUGAUAUAGGUACGGAAAUGGCAGAGGUUGAAGCAAAGGAUCUAAAGAAAUUAAAGUCUGAGUGUGAUGGAUGGAUCAAAACUGCAAUUUUAUUGGUGGAAGAAUUUUCUGGUGACGUAAUACAAGAGGAAAAAAUUGAAGAUGAAAGUGAAAACGGAAAGUCUGUCGAAGAGAGUGGGAACUCUGGGCAGGCUUUUGCCAAGGAACAGCAGGUCAAUAGUGACUUCUCUUCGCGACCUCAAGAUAGAGAUAAUGCUGAGAGGAAGGAGGAGAAAACGGCAUUGCCAGCAACAUUGAUUGAAGCAAAAACCGAAGCAGUCCACGAAAAGGAAGUUGUCGAAGAUCAAGGCAGAGAACAUUCACCAGAAUCAACAAAGCUUAAUGAUGAUUCUAUUCAAAUGCAUGUUAUAGGUGAAGAUGAUAAUGUCAAAGUUAAAGUUCUAGAUAUAGCUGCAAUUUCAAAUGAAAUGACAAGCAAUGUAUCACAAGAUUUGGCUUUGGAGAAUAAAUCGUCACUAGAGGCUCUGGGAACUAUUGAAAAGCUGCAGGAACAGCUAGUUGAAACUGAAGAACGAGCUCAAAUGCUAGAAGAAAGAGCCAUCUCAGCAGAGACACAGCUUAAGGAAGCUUUAGAGAGAAUCAGGGCACUCGAGAGAACGGCGCGGCGUGCUUCUCAAGACACAACUGCGGAAUAUCGGACGGCAUCAGCUUUGUCAUCGCUUCCAGAAAAAAAUAAUAACAAUGAAUCUUUACCUGGAACGCCAGUCACGCUAUCACGUGCAUUGUCAGGUGGAACAUCACGGGCUACGCCAACAACACCGAAAUCCAAAUCGAGACAGAUAAACAGAGAGGAGGCUAUAGAUAAGAGCUAGUGUAGUGAGUCAACUGAGUCAUUCUUAUCAAAUCUUGUAAAAAUUGCUGCACUGUUUGCACUGGUAAUUUUCAAUGGCUUUGUAUUAGGGUAUUCAUAGAAAUUGUUUCUUGAAAAAACCUGUCUUGAAAAAAAAUGUCUGAUUCAGUGCUUGCUGCUGGGGAAAUUCAUGUGUCUGGAUUUUAAAACUUUAAAUAUCCUUAAUGUCAGUAAUUCAUGAAUGUACUUAAAACUUUUUGGUAAGAAAUGCAACCAUGAAUUUAAAGAAAUAGUCUGCAAAGUUUUAAAGAAAAUGCUUUCUCGCUGCUGUAUCGAAGAAAUUUUUCAAGACGAGAUAUUUUUUCAGCAAAAACUCAACCUGAUAAAUUUUGAAGGACGAGUAUACUCUUCGUUCAAUUCGUUCAUCAAAUAAAUCUUCCAAAAGCCACACUUACAAAUAAUAAAGACUUUGUAUUUGCGGUGUGUCUGAACGAUACUUGAAUCCAUAAGUAAUGGAUUAAAACUACUGCCAGAUUUGUGAUGUUUUGAUUAAUCAGCAUUUUUUGGAAGUCUCCUUGAAUACAAACAGUCAAAGUUACAAAUACCUCUCCCAUCCCAGGAAGACCCUUAAUAAGCAAUUUUUUCUCAGUGCUUCGUUCUUGUGUCAGAAACUAUUAUAUUUUAUAAAGAAGCAUGUGAUGAUAGCUUUUGACCUUAACGAUAUAAAUUGAUCUCCUAAAAGCUUUUGGCCACCCGACAAUUUAAAAUUGGUCCUUUAUCUUUGACUUGCAUUUGUAUGUGCAUUUAAUGUUGCAUUACCCUGUAAUGGAAAGAAUCAGUAGACCAAUGGCCACAAGUCUCCACGCCCUUGCAGAGGGAUUUUUAUGCCUCGUAUCAUAUAUUUAUGAAUCUUUUCAUAAAGCAGAUUUCAAAUUUUGUUCAUACAUCUUCUCUGCAUGCAAAAGUAUUUUUCAUAACUUGGCAAGAUCAUUUUGUCAUAGCUUUCUGCUUAAAAUUAGCCCCUACAAAUAUUUGCGGGCAUUUUUAUGAAUAAUAGGUUGAAUCUGUCGAGGACAAUCAUCUUUUCUGUUGCCUGCUCAAUUUUCUGAAGACGAUCUUGGUCUUUUCUAUUCAAUGUCAAACAACGCUUUAGAAUUUUUACAAAAGGAUUUCACACUAUCCACUUUUGCUAGGGUUUCAAAACAAAAUGCUGUCGUUUCAAAACACCGAACUUUACGAACGGAUUUUAAGGGAGUAUUCACAAUAUCUUGAUGUAAGUACAGCCAAUUUUUUUAGUUGGUGGUCUUCUUUGAUGCCUUUAUUUUGCAGAAAACAGCAGUCCUGAUUUACCACAGCCUAGCCACGUGUCGCAUUUUGAGUUUACGCCCAAACAUUUCGUAUACGAUAAGAUCUUUCUGUUGGUAUUAAAAGCCCUAAUCUUUCCAAUGUUUAUAUGAUGUAAGCCUUCGAAGUCUCCUAUGGACGGCCUUAUUUAAUAUAAGAGUAAAUUUUCAUCUAAUAUUUACUGUCACUGUCACAUCAGCUAGGAUACGCUUUCAAGCGACCUCGCGAUUUUGCCAACAACUCGAACUUUUCGUAUUUCCAAGAUCAGAAUAGAAGCAGACAACUACAUUGAUUUUUCCUAAAAGUGUAAAGGGACAUUAUGUUUUAAAACGGUUUAACUCUUCCUUUGUUAGAUAUCGAAGUGUUUGGCUUCUUGCAUUUGAAAUUUUCUCAACCCACAAUACGACGGAUCACUAUGACCGAAUGAAAGACUUGUAUUUUCAAAGGUAUAAUGGCAUUUGAGAAUUUUAUAAGUUACUUGUUGGUUUUGGUACUUCGGAAUUAUAGAUUUAAAGUAACUUGACAUGAAUGUUUUGAUAUUUCUCUUGAAAUCGGCUUCCAGUAUGAUUUCUUUUGCUUCUCUCAUUGGCCACGUUUAUCUUAUUCCUUUUCACUAGUUCGCAAAACGCGUAUUAUUUACCUUUGUGGCUUGAAUUUGAUCCCUUGAAUUCUCCCCCAAUUUCCCCUUUGUAUGACCACCUGAGUUCUUUCAAAUUUGAUCAAUGUUUCUGCUGCAUACAGCCUUGUUCCGGCUUUAGCAUCCACCAAAUCUUCUAAAUUAUUUGAUCCGCAAUUCCAUUGAAUCGCCCCACUUGAUUCUAUUGACUUGCAUUUUUGUUUCUAUCAUAUUUCAAUUGAAAUUCCUUUGAAUUCCCCUGUUUUCUAUUUUACUUUGACCGAAAUUCUAUUAUUUUUGUCCAUCGUUUUUUAUUGUAUUUUACCUUCUAUUAAAUUGAGUUUCUAUUGAAUUUCCCCCCGUUUUACAUUUAUAUCCCUUGAAAGUCUAUUAAAUUGUCCCCCGUUUCUUAUUGUAUUUUUCCUGAAUUUCUAUUUGAAGGCCCCCCUGUUUUUCAAUUGUAUUUUGUUUGAAAUUCUAUUGAAUUACCUCCUGUUUUUCAAUUGUUUUUUACCUGAAAUUCUAUUGAAAUGCCUCCUCUCUUUCUAUUGUAUUUUACUUGAAAUUCUAUUGAUUUCCCCUGAUUUUUCUAUUGUUUUUUACCUGAAGUUCUAUUGAAUUGCCCCCCGUUUUUCUAUUCUUUAUCGCUUGAAAUUUUAUUGAAUUUCUCCCAAUUUAUUACUGUUUUCGCUUAAAAAACUAUUGUAUUCCCCCUGUUUCUGAUAAACUCAUAUUGUUUGCACAUUCUAUUUAUUUUGUGCCAUUGAAAACACUUUGUGAGUCUUUCAAUAGAAAUUGAUAAGACAUUCCCCCGUAUUUCUAUUGAAAAUUCUAUUGAACUUUGGUUAAUGUUCUUUUGGAAGUGAAAAACUUCCUCCGUGAUCUAUUGUCUUUUUCAGAGCAAUAUGCCCUUAAGUUAGGGCUAAGUAAACAGCGGCUAGGAGCCGCGAAUGAUUGACAGCUCAUUGUUUUAAGCCAAUCAAAUUGCUUUACUUGAGCCCUUUUUGGUGGCUGCGGGCGAGGGCCGUCACUUGCCAAUAUAUGGAUUUUAAUUAGCCUCUGGCCGCAGGGGGCCACCAUUGUUUCUUAACCAAUAAGAUGGCGGUAUUUGGCCGCGCUUCAUUGUAUUAUUAGCCAAUCACCAGCUGCUAUUUCGAAAAUUCUUUUGUUCUUUGACCAAUCACAGGUCUCCAUUUUUAAUUGUUUUUCUUUUGUAAACUAGCCAAUCAAACGCUUCAUUUUGGUCAAUUUUUUAUUGUGUUUUUGGCCAAUCAUUGUUUGUUCUUUCAAAAAUUCUAUUGUUUAAUGACCAAUCACAGCUCUCCAUUUGUUAAUUGUCUUUCUUUUGUUAAAUAGCCAAUCAAAUUCCACCAUUUUGACCUCGUUUUGAUUUCAUCAAAUUACGGGGGCUACUAGCCUCGUUUCCGUGGUUUUUAGGACGGGGGUUAGAAAGCAAUUCAGUUCGAUUUUCUCCUCUUCAUUCAAAAAAUUUUACACUACGUACAAUUCUAAGUUCUACCUGAAUGCCUCGGAGACUGUUUUCAAUCGGGAUUUGUCUCAGCAUGGUGUUUUAAGCGAAGGGUUAGCAAGAAGGAGAAGAAGUCCCCCUUGUUAACUCUUUGCUUAAAACACCGUGCCAAGAAACCCUUUCAAUGUUAGGUUAGGGGUUUUUUUAGACAUGGUGUUUUAAGCAAAGUAGUCGACAAGAGAACAAAUGUCCCCAUGUUGACCCUUCGUUAAAACACCGUGCUAAAACCCCUACGCAACAUUGAAAGCAGUCUCCUGAGUUUACUUAAAACUACUUACAAAAAAUUAAUUAGAAUAAAUAACAACUUAGUUAUUUAAACACGAAAAUUCUACGUACGUACUGCAAAUUAACGUUAAUUGCAAAAUGAGAUGGCUUAUCCCAAAAAUAGACAUGAACAGGACCCUUGCUCGCAUCCAUUCAUCUUGCUUAUAUCUUAAAAUACGAAAUAAUGGCAACGAAGGUUUAAACUCGCAAAAGGGGAACUGUUCAAAGUAGCAAAGUUUUCCAACUAUUAACUAUUCUUUCUUGUCGGAUAUUUAGGGAUUUUUCAAUCUUGCGAUAAAAUUCUAGGGGUUUUCUGGUGAGUGAAAGUAUGGGUAAAAAUCAGGGAAUCGAUGGAAUAAUAUCGAUAAAAUUCAUCAAACACUCUAUGGGUCAAUCUCUAUGGGCUUAUGGACGGGCAUAAAUGGAAAUUGCAAACAACUAGCAGAGGCCUUGUAGCAUUAUCCAAAAGUAACAUAAAUGUUUUCUUUAGAGGAACAUCAAUGUUUUUAAAAAUCAUGGACUUACGUUACGACAAGUAGCUUGCUCCAUUAUAUCACGUACUUAAAUUUCUUUAUUGGUGAUCGUAGCAUUAAAAUAUGCAGAUGUUUAUAUCAAGCAACUUUUGAGAACAUUUCUCCAUUUUUUUGGAAAGGGUAAUUAGUUCAUCAAUCUCCAACAUUGCGAGAAUUUUCCGAAAUUGAAUAACUGUAAUUUACUAACGUAUUCUACCAUUUCAAAUUCAGUCUCUAUGAACUGUUAAUAAAUCCUCGAUUCUUUGGUCCCGUUUCUCGUGGUUGCUACUUCCUAUGCUGAUCACCUGAAAAAGGAUGCAAAAGCCAGCAAUAUCGAAGUAAAUUGUCCAACCAGAUAGCAAUUCAAUAGGACACAAACAUUUUACUUCUCAACAAGGUUUAUAAUAUUUGGCUCGGAACAAAGUUGACUUGUUUACUGCAGAAGUGCUCUUGCGAUGAAGCAAAUCAAGUUUGUCGUGAUCGUACUGUUGCCCUAAAACUGGUAUGGCAAUGAGCGCAUGGAUUUCUUUGAAUUUUGAUGCUCAAGAGACCCUUGGUCUCCAUGCAAGCAAACUUCUACCCUUGCUAAGUUUAAGGCUCUAUUUCAUCUUUUCUGCUCAUUUACAGUUUCUUCAGUUAGAUGGGUGCUUCUCAUCUUAAAAUAAAUGUGAAAGCUAAUUUAUUUGUUAAAGUAUUUUGCUUCUUUUAAAAAUUUAUUUCUAUUCAUUCGAUGGAAUAGCAAAUCUUUUAGAGUGUGCUUAAGUAUUUUGCGCUCCAUACCCAAGGGUAGUUUGCUUUAAAAAACACAAUUAUUCAAAGUAGGCCGCGUGGUGCAUCAAAAAUUAAUUCUCUUGGAAAUUUUCCAAGUGCAUCAACAACCAAUUUUAUAUCGAAAUAGCUUAAAGUUAUUUUUUAAGCUUGAAUGGUUAAAGAAAUCAAAUUUCUAUUCAAAUAGAAACCGAAUUUUGCCAACUCCUUAGCUGGCUUAUCUUGAAGCUCAAAUAUAUGGAUUUAAUCGCGUAAAGUAAUUUACUAAAGGUAUUUUUAAGUCUUUUUAUGUCAGAAGUGAAAUUUGUCAGCUUUGCGUUUUGAAUCGUUAAAUAAAAAUUUGUGUUAUAAGAAUAAGUUGACCUAUGCUUUCACAGUCAAAUGCCAAACAAAUACAUCUAGCAAGACAUCCAACCAAUCCAAUCAACCGACCCCAUCAACCUACGCCAUCAACAACUGACUCAUCAACAACUGACCCAUCAACCGACCCCAUCAACCAACGUUGUCCACACUUUUCAACCCCAUUCAACUCACCAGCGAACGACACUGCUCCAAUACCCAAAUCGAUUGAACAGUGAAAGCAAAGGCCAAGAAUCGGUUGAAAUUUGGUUGUUUGAAAUCUUCUGCUCGUAUUUAUUUUGCAUAUCAAAUGAAUUAAUUAUGUUGUUCCAAAAUUUUCUUCAAAUGAAUUAGUAUGUUUUGGAUCAAAUUGAAGCUAGAAAUACAGAUCUUUUGUAAAAAUUAUUAGAUUAAAACUUUCCUAAUCACUCAAAAGAAUGCUUGGUCCAAAAAGCCCAAAAACGUGAAUUCAUCCCGUAAUAGAAAGUUCAGAUUAAAGAUAAUUCUAAGGUCUUCAUACUCUGUGAAUCAAAUUUCUGCAUGAACUCGUAGCUACCUGAAUAUAAACAUUUUUCCUGAUUUUUUUGUUCUCAAGUGUUCAUAGAUAAAUGAAAUAGGCAUUUAAAUAAAUUUCUGACCUAAUGAUAAAGGGUUGCCUUGAAUAAAAAUGGCUGAAUUUGUUGCACGUUUAAUGUAUGCUAGAUAUCAUCGAAUUAUUUCAUUAAUUUUAUCUCUCUGACAUUUCGCCUUGAUCUCAUAUUCAAUUUGUGAACUGUUUCACCAGGUAAAGAUUCUCUUUCCAGGCAAACAUUGAAGAAUAUACAGUUGUUAUGUAAUUUCUUUAGUUUCAGAAUCUAACAAAAAAUUAUUUGAAACUGAAAAAUUCUCACCGUAGAUCUGAUGCCAUAAUUUGACGUCUUUAUCAUAUUUUACAGUCAUAGCCACAAUGAAGUUUUUAGCUACGAGAAAAUAUCCUUUCAUAACAAAAUUAUUCAAGGAAAGUUUUUAUCAAACAAAAACAUUCCUAUAAUAUUUGAAAAUUUAAAUGUUAUAUUGACUGAGCAUGUAACAUUCGCACAAUAAUGCAAUAUCUGCUGGAUUUAACGUGAAAAAUCUUCUCACCAAAAGCAAGCCUGCCAACCUACAAUCAAAAUUUCCUGAUUGGUAUAAACUGAAAAGCUAAAUUUAUUGGGAAAAAAGAAAAAAUAUCGAAAACAAAAAGCUUCUAAUAGAAAAAGAAAGAAAAGAAAAAACACAUCUGAAGCAGAAAAUAAAGCCCCUUUUAAACUAUCAAAAACUUCACUCAACAUUCACCCAGAACUUUAACCUUUUUUGUCCAAAAAUUCAACCAAAAUUUCUGCCUUUCGAGUCAUUCUAUUCAAUUCCAUCAGAACUAAGAAGAGAGUAUGGCCUACCGCU